UAUUAUCAUUGAACCUUAGACAAAAUGAAAGCGUUUCCUAGGAAAACAGCUCGGAAGACGUACUAAAAGAACCGUAACAAUCUGAGCGGCUGAUUCUUAUGGAUGGCCAUAAAUCACCCAUUUAGACUAGCAUGAUGGCUCAGUGUGAGAGGGAGUUACGAUGCCAGACAAUAGGUUUGAAAAGAAAUCUAUCAAAGUGCAACACAUCGGGAGACAAAUCCUGACAGCGAUUUUACCAGGUUACUACUGGAGAAAGUAUUUUUGUAAGGUGCAUCCUAUAUAAGUGAGUUGUAGCUUUGGAAGAUUGUGCUAAAAUUUAUUGUCUUUUCGACAUCCGUAUUUCUAAACGUAUGCCGAUUUAUUUCCCAUAAGACAAAUCUAGGCGACUUUACAAAGAUGCGCAAUAAGUUUUUGUAAUCGAAAAUUUUGUAUUUUCUGAAAUUUAUUAGCUAUAUUAGCAGUUAUAAUUACAUUGAUUCGAUGUAAGACAAUUACAUAUAAAAAUUAUAAAACGCAAUUUCUAUAACCCGAAACUAUAAAUAGACGGAAGUUAUGGUUAAUACAAUUAGCCAAUCAAAAACAAGCACCGAAAUUUAAAAUUCGAGUCGAAGAUGGAUGCUGAUAAAGACGUGCUUAGGAAAGAGCCACUUACAUCGAAAAAGAUGGAAGAAUCCUCAAAAUUAAAAGGACUCAGUAAAGUGAAACUAAAAGUUGUGAAGAAAAAAGUCCAUAUACGACAGCAUAAAAAUUUAAAUCGUUCUAACAGCAGUUUUAACUGCAGCUUAAAUGCUUCAACAAAAAUGAAACAAACAUUGAGAUCUAACAACAAAGCUCUAGCUCACGCAUUACAGGUUGCAAGACAAGAUUUAGCAUUGGCCACUAACAUCAUCACUUCUCUUAGAUUGGAUAAUAGAAAUAUGAUGCUUGAAGCUGCCAACAAUAAGUAUAUGGCUUCACAUUGUCUUGAAGAGCAAGUUGGUGCUCGGUUGAAGCCUAUUCUGAUGCUGAUUAAGCAAAAGGUUUCAGAUAUUGGUGAACAUCUUACCAUUGUUACUUCAGCAGUAAAUGAUAUUUCUGAAAGUAUUGUAUCAUAUUUAUCUACAUCAGCUGUUAACUCAAGAUCAAACUCAAUAGAAAUUGGCCAAAAUAUAGUAAAAUCUCUUACAGAAACCCCUAAUGAAAAGGUUUUGCUCAAUAAAGAUGCCAUAGGUGAUGUUGCUUUAAAGAAAAAUGUUAAUUCCCAGAUUUGUGAUGAGCUCAGCUUCAUUGCUGAGACUUUUAUUAAUACGGAUUAUACUUCAAAUACACUUGAUGUGUUGUCUAAAGUUGAUGAAUUGGAAUCUGAAAAAUUGUGUAAAAAUGCUGACGAAAAUCAUUUAAACGUCCCCAUUGAAAAACCUAAAAUUGCUACUAAAAGUCGCCCUGAUGUAGAAAGACGUUCCAGUAUUCAAUUUAGACGGGAAUCUCUGGAUGAAAUCGAUUUUGGUUCAAAUCUCCCAACUACCCAAAAAAGGCGCCGUUCUUCAUUACACUUGUCUGCUACAGGUCUUGACAAAAAGCGUCACCAACAAUUGGAUAUUUUAGAACCGUCAGUUAUUAAAGAUUCUUGUGCAGAAGUUAAUUUGGAAAAUGCUGCUGACAGGGAUAAAGUAGUUAAAAAUAACUCUAAACAUAUUCCUUGUACUGAUGCAUCAAUGCCAAAUGGUAAAGCUGCAGAAACAGCCUUAAUAGUUAAUGAUGCUGAUAAUGGUUUAAAUAAUGCCAUACCCAACGUUACAAUAACUGGUGAAGUUGACAUGGAAUUGACUGAAAUAAUAAACAACACUGACGUAAUGCAUGAGUCAUCACAAAAUCUACCAACUGGUAAUGAUGUUCAUCCAUCUGAUAUAAAUCUGGAGAAACAAAAAGAUACGACUGUUGCUAAAGAAACUUUUGUUAAACCAACAGUAGCACCUAAUAAAGUAAAAGCAAAAGGCAACAAAAAAUCGUCAAAAAGCUCAAAGGAUAAAAAGGAAGAUGAAAGAGUUGAAUUGGAAUCUGAAAAAUUGUGUAAAAAUGCUGACGAAAAUCAUUUAAACGUCCCCAUUGAAAAACCUAAAAUUGCUACUAAAAGUCGCCCUGAUGUAGAAAGACGUUCCAGUAUUCAAUUUAGACGGGAAUCUCUGGAUGAAAUCGAUUUUGGUUCAAAUCUCCCAACUACCCGAAAAAGGCGCCGCUCUUCAUUACACUUGUCUGCUACAGGUCUUGACAAAAAGCGUCACCAACAAUUGGAUAUUUUAGAACCGUCAGUUAUUAAAGAUUCUUGUGCAGAAGAAGUUAAUUUGGAAAAUGCAGCUGACAGGGAUAAAGUAGUUAAAAAUAACUCUAACCAUAUUCCUUGUACUGAUGCAUCAAUGCCAAAUGGUAAAGCUGCAGAAACAGCCUUAAUAGUUAAUGAUGCUGAUAAUGGUUUAAAUAAUGCCAUACCCAACGUUACAAUAACUGGUGAAGUUGACAUGGAAUUGACUGAAAUAAUAAACAACACUGACGUAAUGCAUGAGUCAUCACAAAAUCUACCAACUGGUAAUGAUGUUCAUCCAUCUGAUAUAAAUCUGGAGAAACAAAAAGAUACGACUGUUGCUAAAGAAACUUUUGUUAAACCAACAGUAGCACCUAAUAAAGUAAAAGCAAAAGGCAACAAAAAAUCGUCAAAGAGCUCAAAGGAUAAAAAGGAAGAUGAAAGAGAUAAAUGCAAAGAAACUGAUGAUAAUGAAAAUAAAACUGUUAUUGAGUUAAGGUUACCAAAACCUGGGAAGAUUGUUUUUUCCGCGACAAGGAAAAAAUUUUCUGGUCUUCGACCAUCUGCACCCAAUGUCAGAUCAAAAAAGAAAAUUAACGAAGAGAAAAAAGACAGGGAAGAACCAAAAUCUUUGUUUGAUUUCCAUGACAAAACUCCUCAAUUGUUAAAUAAGAAAGACGUAAAAGAUGAAGGCAUUUAUAAUGUUUCUUUGAAUGAUUCUACAUUUGGUAAAUGCCAAAGUCUUGGUCAAUAUCGUGAGCGAGUUGCCAUGGCAAAAGAGAAGAAAAAAGAAGAGAUUACUGAUGUCAAAGAUAAUUCAGACAAAAUUAUUAAUGAUAACCAAACUGUAUCCAGAAUUUCUAAUGAGUGCAAUGAAGAAAAGAUAAAACUUUCACAGUCUAAGAAAUCAUUAACUAAAGAUCAGCCUGUUGCUAGAAAAAAGUCACGUUCAAGGAAAAAAAUAGAUGAUGAUGAUGAUGAAGACUAUGAAAGCAAACAUAUAUCUACAUGUGAAACUAAUGUUCCUGUGAGAACUCUUACCCGCAGAACACGGUCAAAAGUUGUUAGUUAUGCAGAAGUUGAUGAAAGUUUUGAUACAAGUGUUAUAAAACCACAAGCUACACCAGAAAUUAAUAAAAAUUGUCAAAAGACUACUACGAGAUUAGAAUUGGUUGGUUCUGAUAAGACUGAUGGAGGCAUGAAACAAUCUGAAAAUUCUAAAAUAACCAAUAAAAAUAGUUUAAAGCAAGAUUCCGAGAUGGUGAUUUCAAGUCCUUCUCAAAGUCCCAAGGGGAAAACUUCUGAACUUUCUAACUCCAACAGCAAAUCAACAAUGAAUGAAUUGCACAAAGACAGAGCACAAAAGCAUUCUAAACCAAAUGAAAAUUUAGAAAAAGGAACUGUAUCCUCAUUAAAACAAUCAAGUAACGUCAGUGACAUUCUUGAGCGCUAUAGAAAAGCUUUACAAGAUGAUGACGUUUCCACUAAUGUACCCUUAAGGAUGAGAGGCAGAUCAAGCAGUCAUAUACGGAGAGAAUCUUUGACCAACUCAACUGCAGAAAAUGCUAGAAUUAGUUCAUCCAAACAUAGAUCACGAUCAGCUUCUUCUGUUAAAGCAGGUAGUACCAAUUCAGGAACAGACUGCUGUAAUUCAGAUGAAAAAAUGCUUUCUGAAUUAUCAUCAACUAAAAUCACAAAAGAGAAAAGACAAUCCAGAUUAAGUAAAGGAAAACUUAGCAAAUUAGAACAGGAAAUUAGUACAAAAAAUGUCAGAUCCCGAUCUAGAAAAUCACAUAGAAAUGUUCCAGAGAAGACGGACAAAGAAAAUUUCAGCGAAAAGACACCUGAUUUGAUUAAUGCUGAUGACAUUUUAAAAAUGAAAAAAGAUGUUCACUCUAAAGUGAAAGGAAAGGCAACAUUAAUUUGUGAAAUCAAGGAAAAUAUUGAUGUGGAACUCACUGAUUUGCCAGCAGAAGCCACUUCAAGAAAUACAAGUCCUUUAAAUUUUUCCAAAAAUACGCCAAAACGUCUAUCUGAAGAUAAUUAUGGGGACACCUUUAGUGUUAAACGUCCUCGAAGAAAUGCCAUUAAAUCAAUAUCAUACAGAGAGCCUGCAUUAAACUUGAAACUCCGGCAAGGUGAUGAACUAUUUGUGGCUAAAGCUCUUGAAAAUGGCAAUUUUGCAAAUCUCUUAUCAGGAAUACAGAAUCUUUGGGUUUGUUCCAAACUGCUAUCACUUGAUCUCUCAGGAACCACUUUAAUUUCUCUUCUUUAGUACAACUUCUUUACCUUCUUUAUCACAGGAAAGUGUUGACACAAAUCCAUCCUGAUUGUUUCUGGUAGUUUUUCUUGUUAUUGUAUUUUUCAUUUUGUUUUAUUCACUUUCCCCGAUUUUCUUUGUUUAGCAAAUGCUUCUCAGUCUUCCGAUUCAUUCACACACUUUGACUUGCCAUUCUAAAUACUUCAAAACAUGAUUGUAAAACAGUGAAAAAAACCCUUAAUGCUCACAACUACUUCAAUUUAACCCAAUAUCUGAGUCAUUGUUAUCAUUUAACAUUCAUAUUUUAUGCUGGCAGUGGUUGGAAGAUUUAACAGGCUCCAGUGAUCCAUAGACUGCAUCAUGCUCUACAUCCGCUUUAGCAUAUUUAUAGCUGGAUGCUAUUCAAUCACUUUACAGCAGUUUAAUGCCCAUUUUUCCAUGCUUAAAUGUGCUGGAUGGAAUUUGUCAAGGCAGAUUUUCUAU